GAAAACAUAUUCCAGUACUGCAGGUCAUGGGUUUAUCCAAAGAAAGAAAAUGAAGUCUUUUGCUGGUUAUCUCCACAACAAACAAAACUAUUGAUUGAAAAGCUUGGAGAGGAAAUUUUCAAACACCCAACAUGGCAGGAUACAUCAAUACAUGAGGCUGUAUUUAAUAACCUUGGUGUACCAAUGCAGAUUUUAAUGAGAGGAGAGGAGUCAGCAAAGAAUUUCAUUGAAAAUCUGAAGAAAGGGGAAACUACGAUGUACCAUGCCUCUGGUAUGAUUAUAGGGUGUGCGGGUAGUGGAAAGUCAACUUUAUUAGAAAGACUGAAAGGCACCAACCUGAAAGAAAUUCUGAAGAAUGUAACAUCGACCAGAGGCGUUGACGUGCAGUCUGACAUUUUUGAUGUAACCGACAACACAAUCAGAGUAUACUCAUCAAACCAAAAACAACGCUUUAAGGUUAAAAUUGAUGACACAAGUCUACAUGUUAAGAAUAUUCCAGAAAAUCCCAUCUUAUCUGGUGACCUGGAAAAACUGUCUAUUAAACAGCCACUAAGGGAUCAGAGAGAUACUACCAGUAAAGCCGUUGAUAAAGAAUCCGUUAGUGAUGGAGCUGUGUCACACGAGAACUUGAAUACAGAAACAGACUCACUUAAAGGAAAUGAAGCUGCUGCUUUUGUGGAAAAAGAAAAGGAAAUGGUUGAAGAAAGUCAAAAUGUUCUGAAGAACUCAGACGUUUCAGGAAUAUUACGAGUUUCCAAAGAUAUUUCAGAUGAUCCAGGGAAAAAAAUCACAAUGGUCGACUUUGCGGGACAAUGUGCUUAUUAUGCCUCACACCAGAUUUUUCUGAGUCCACGGGCAUUCUUCAUUCUGGUGCUCAAUAUGGAGAAAAAGUUUGAUGAUCUGGUCGGAGAAGAAGUAUGUUGCCAAAAAGGCUCUAUUUAUGAAAGAUGGACACACAGAGAUUAUCUGGAAUUCUGGAUGAAAUCCAUUCACCAAUACAGCAGUGAUAAGGCCCCUGUUCUCCUCAUUGGUACACAUAGUGAGGGAAAAAUAGAAGAGGUAUACUUCCUUCACCUGUCUCAGAACAUUAAGGCUGAUAGUAGUUCCUGUUUUCCAAUCAAUGUCCAAGAGACUGAAAUCUGCACCAAAGAGGAAAUAGAAAGAUUUAUUAUUUGA